AGUUUUUUAUACUCGUAUUAACAUUACAAGAUGGGUAUGACCUUGAGCUCAAUAUUCCAAAAUCUCUUCGGCAAAAAGGAGAUGCGCAUCCUCAUGGUUGGCCUGGAUGCUGCCGGUAAAACUACUAUUCUGUAUAAGCUGAAACUUGGGGAGGUGGUCACAACCAUACCAACCAUUGGCUUCAACGUUGAAACCGUCGAGUAUAAGAACAUCAGCUUUACUGUGUGGGAUGUUGGUGGACAGGAUAAGAUACGUCCGCUAUGGAGACACUACUAUCAGAAUACUCAAGGAAUCAUUUUCGUUGUCGAUUCGAACGAUAGAGAUAGAAUCGAUGAUGCUAAGGAGGAACUCCAUCGUAUGCUCAACGAAGAGGAGCUCAGAGAUGCAUGUGUCCUCGUAUUCGCCAACAAACAAGAUUUGCCCAACGCCAUGACAGCAGCUGAAGUUACAGAGAAACUCGGAUUGCAUUCUCUAAGGCAUCGCAAUUGGUAUAUUCAAUCGGCCUGUGCCACGACUGGUGACGGACUUUAUGAGGGUCUGGACUGGCUCAGCAAGACUUUGGCUAAUGCUAAAUAAGAUGCUGAUGGAGGGGAGUGUUCGGAGAUGGUUGGUGGUUGUUGGCGACUUUAAGAUCUGAGGUUUAUCAUCUCG